AUGGGGCAGGGCGGCGCAGCCAGGCUUGCCGAGAGGCGAGGCUCUUCCAGGCCCGCCGUGCCCCGGAGAGCGGGCUCCCCGUCCCGGCAGCGCCCCGGCACUGCCUGGAAGCACACCCCCGGACCGGCCUUUUCCUGGGAAGGAGCAGUGCGACCGAGGCGCGGCUGCGAUGCCGGCAGGCAGGCUUGUUUCGUGACCACUCCAACAGGACACAAGUACGAAGGAGUCAGAUUUGAAAAGGGAAACUGCGGAGUCAGCAUAAUGAGAAGCGGAGAGGCAAUGGAACAAGGCUUACGAGACUGCUGUAGAUCAAUCCGCAUAGGAAAAAUCCUGAUACAGAGCGACGAGGAGACUCAAAGAGCGAAAGUGUACUACGCUAAGUUUCCACCCGACAUUUACAGGAGAAAAGUUCUUCUGAUGUACCCAAUACUAAGUACUGGUAAUACUGUCAUCGAGGCUGUCAAAGUUCUUGUAGAACAUGGCGUACAACCCAGUGUCAUUAUCCUGCUGAGCCUAUUCUCCACACCGCACGGUGCCAAAUCCAUCACCCAGGAAUUCCCAGAGAUCACGAUUUUAACCACAGAAGUUCAUCCUGUUGCACCAAUGCACUUCGGAGAGAAGUAUUUUGGAACAGACUGACACACUCAGAACAAACAAUAGACUAUAGGAUGUUACAAGAGGUUU